UUCCUCGUCUUCGCCAUUUUCCCAGCAUAGUAAGCUCACACUUCCUUUCUAUGCUGAUUUUUUUUUUUUUGUUAAAAUUCAAAAUAAAAAACAACGGGUUUGUUCUGGAAGCACUCUGCAAAGUCACUAUUUUUGAACCUUACAAAAAAAAAAAGGGAAGGAAAUAAAAAAUGGUAGAGUAUGAUGAUGCCAUGGAACAAGAUAAUGAUAUCGGCACAAGUAGUAAAACCGAGAAGCUUUUUAAAGCAUCCACCGACAUGGACAUUGAUUUUGACUCCGAUUCUGGCUCCGAUUGUGAUUUUAUGGACUCAUCUACAAGUUUAACCGAUAUAGGGGAAGCAAAACUGAAAGAUUUUUGUAACAAGGCAGCAACUUUGUUUUUUAACGAGUAUGGUUUAAUUAGUCAUCAAAUUAACUCAUACAAUGAUUUUAUUAACAAUGGGAUACAAAAGGCUUUUGAUUCAUUUGGUGAGUUGGUUGUGGAGCCUGGAUAUGAUCCAUCUAAGAAGGGUGAGAAUGAAUGGAGAUACGCUUCUGUUAAGUUUGGUAAGGUUGCCUUAGAAAAGCCAACUUUUUGGUCUGGUGCUGAUGAACAUAAGAUGCUUCCUAGACAUGCUAGGCUUCAGAAUAUGACAUAUUCCUCCAAGAUGAAAGUCAAUGUUAGCGUUGAGGUCUACACUCGAAAAGUUGUUAGAAGUGACAAGUUUAAAACUGGCAAAGAUCAAUAUGUUGACAAGGAGGUUCUAAAUACAGAUAAUAGGAAUAUCACAAUUGGGAGUUUGCCUGUGAUGGUGAAGUCUGACCUUUGUUGGAUGAAAACUGCUGAAAAAGGCGAUUGUGACUUUGAUCAUGGAGGUUACUUUUUGAUCAAGGGUGCUGAGAAGGUUUUCAUAGCACAAGAGCAAAUCUGUUUGAAGAGACUCUGGAUUUCAAAUAUACAGGGGUGGACAGUCUCAUACAAGUCUGAAAUUAAGAGGAAUAGAUUGAUUGUUAGGUUAGUGGGGCUUUCUGCACUUGAAGACGUUAAAGCAGAAAAGAAAUGUCUGACUGUGUAUUUCUUGUCAACAGAGAUCCCUCUAUGGAUUUUGUUUUUUGCCCUUGGUGUCACCUCAGACAAAGAAGUGAUUGAUUUGAUUGGUUAUGGCUCCAAUGAUGCUAGGAUUGUGAAUAUCUUCUUUGCCUCCAUUCAUGAUGCUGAUGAGAAAACUGAGGGGUUUCGCAGGGGGAAGGAGGCUCUCGAGUAUGUUGUAAGACAGAUACGGGGAACCAGAUUUCCACCAGGGGAAAAUGAAGAUUUCUUUGAAUUGUAUCUGUUUCCAACUCUUCAUAGUCUAAGGCAAAAAGCCCGGUUUCUAGGCUAUAUGGUGAAGUGCCUUUUACAAGCAUAUAAUGGCCAAAGAAAAUGCAAUAACUGGGAUAGUUUUCGAAAUAAAAGGUUCGAGUUGGCUAAAGAGUUGCUAGAGCGGGAGCUAAAAGUACAUAUUGCACAUGCCCGUAGGCGCAUGGCCAAAGCUCUACAGAAGGACCUGUAUGGAGAUCGGGAUGUGCGCCCGAUUGAGCAUUAUUUGGAUGCUUCUAUAGUCACCAACGGUUUGUCAAGAGCAUUCUCAACUGGAGCAUGGUCACAUCCGUACAAGAGAAUGGAAAGGAUUUCUGGUGUUGUAGCAAAUUUGGGCCGUGCAAAUCCAUUGCAAACUAUGGUUGAUUUGCGGAAAACAAGAUACCAUGUCCAAUACACGGGGAAAGUUGGAGAUGCGAGAUUCCCGCACCCUUCUCACUGGGGCAGGGUUUGCUUUCUUUCUACUCCUGAUGGUGAAAACUGUGGACUUGUAAAGAAUUUGGCCACUACUGGACUUGUUAGUGUAAACAUAUUAGAACCUCUAAUCGACAAAUUGAUUGCUCGUGGAAUGGAGAAAGUUCCUGAAGAUUCCCAUUCUGACCUGGACGAGAAGGAUAAAGUGUUUCUCAAUGGGGAAUGGGUUGGAGUUUGUGAAGAUUCUCGCUUGUUUGUUGCCGAGCUUAGACGCCUGCGACGGAGGAAGAAGUUGCCUCAGCAGGUGGAAAUCAAAAGAGAUGAACAGCAACAAGAAGUACGCAUAUUUUCUGAUGCUGGAAGGAUUUUACGCCCCCUUUUGGUUGUUCAGAAUUUACAUAAGAUAGAAGCAUUUAAAGGGGGAAAUUGUACCUUCCAAUCACUUCUGGACAAGGGAAUUAUUGAGUUUGUCGGAACUGAAGAAGAAGAGGACUGCAGCACUGCAUGGGGUAUCAAAUUUCUUUUAUCAGGAGUUGAUGGGAAGCAAUCGCUGAAGUACACACACUGUGAACUUGACAUGUCCUUUUUAUUAGGAUUGAGUUGUGGAAUCAUUCCCUUCGCCAAUCAUGAUCAUGCAAGAAGAGUUCUAUACCAGGCUCAGAAACAUUCUCAGCAAGCUAUUGGUUUUCCCACAACAAAUCCAAACAUCAGAGUGGACACGCUAUCUCAUCAAUUGUACUAUCCCCAAAGGCCACUUUUUCGGACAGUGACUUCUGAUUGCCUUGGAAAACCUGGAGACACACGAGGUCAUAAUGGAAUUGUACCAAAGCCCGAGUUGUAUAAUGGUCAAAAUGCUAUUGUGGCAGUCAACGUCCAUCUAGGAUACAACCAAGAGGACUCCUUGGUCAUGAAUCGUGCUUCUUUGGAGCGCGGCAUGUUUCGGUCGGAACAUAUCAGAAGUUAUAAGGCUGAUGUUGAUAACAAGGAAUUAUUAGACAAGAGGAGGAAGUAUGAUGACAAUGUAAAUUUUGGGAAGAUACCAAGUAAAAUUGGACGUGUUGACAGCCUUGAUGAUGAUGGCUUUCCUUUUAUUGGUGCUAAUCUUCAAAGUGGUGAUAUUGUUAUUGGGAGGUGUGCUGAAUCUGGGCCUGAUCACAGUAUAAAACUGAAGCACACUGAAAGGGGCAUGGUCCAGAAAGUUGUAUUGUCUUCAAAUGACGAGGGGAAGAAUUUUGCUGUUGUGUCUCUGAGACAGGUUCGUUCUCCAUGUCUUGGAGACAAGUUCUCAAGCAUGCAUGGACAAAAGGGUGUUCUAGGAUUUUUGGAGUCUCAAGAGAACUUCCCUUUCACAAGACAGGGAAUAGUCCCUGAUAUUGUUAUAAAUCCGCAUUCAUUUCCUUCACGACAAACUCCCGGUCAACUCUUAGAGGCUGCUUUGGGAAAGGGGAUUGCCUGUGGUGGUUCAAUGAAAUAUGCCACUCCUUUCUCCACUCUGUCUGUUGAAGCAAUCACAAACCAGCUGCACAGGGCUGGAUUUUCAAGAUGGGGAAACGAAAGAGUUUACAAUGGGCGAACUGGUGAAAUGGUUCGAUCUCUCAUAUUUAUGGGUCCCACAUUCUACCAGCGAUUGAUCCACAUGGCUGAAGACAAAGUAAAGUUCCGCAACACUGGGCCUGUUCACCCACUCACCAGACAGCCAGUUGCAGAUCGCAAGCGUUUUGGUGGUAUCAAGUUUGGAGAGAUGGAGCGCGACUGCCUUAUAGCUCAUGGUGCAUCUGCAAAUCUGCAUGAGCGCCUUUUUACUCUCAGCGACUCUUCACAGAUGCAUAUUUGCCAGAAAUGCAAGAACGUGGCAAAUGUGAUUCAACGGGCGGUGCCUGGUGGUCGCAAGAUUAGGGGUCCAUAUUGCCGGGUUUGUGAGUCUGUUGAUGAAAUUGUUAAGGUAAAUGUACCUUAUGGGGCCAAGUUAUUGUGUCAGGAACUUUUCAGCAUGGGCAUAAGUUUGAAGUUUGAAACCCGGCUUUGUUGAGCUUGUAAUGAGUUAUUUGCUUGUUGUUGUCAGGCUUUUGCAUAUUCAACCUUGGCGUAUGUGCUAUUUGGUAUAUUUCCCAUAACUGCAAACCUGUAGUGUACAGGGUUACCUUGGCUUAGUUUAAGUAGCAUUUAUGUAGCAGUGUUCUUUGACCUCUAAUGUAAUGUGAAGUAUAUGAUUUUGCCA